AUGCCUCAGCCGAGCUCUGAUCCUCUAAGGGUGUGCAUCACCAUCAUCAGUGGCACUGGGGCUCCUGCGGCUGCUAAUCAGUGGAGGCUGACCAGGCUGGCGGCAUCCCUGAGCGCAGGCUCCCCAGCACUGCCAUGGCCUGGACAGAAGCCCCAUCUUUUUUUUGUAUUGUGGUGUUUUCUGUUGUGGUGUUGUAAGCGGAUGCGGUCGCCAGGUGGCUGGAUCGCGGAGUAUAGCUGGGAGGAGAGAGUGGAGGUGCACAAGAGACCGAAGCGCAGCUCGCGCAGCGGGGAAAGAGAACGGCAGCCCGGGCGAACUCAUCACUAUAAGACAUACGAGCGGUGUCACAUUAGCUUAAAGAGGCUGGAGUGCCGAGAGCGCAGGGCCAGAGAGGCCAGUCUGGAGCAUGGCGGAUAUAAGGGUCGGGUGGACCCGGUCCGGGCGACUGAGAGGGAGAAAGGCGGGAACCAUUGCAGCCAGUCGUCUGCACAUAGAGGACGUAGUCAAUGCAGCAGCAGAGAGCGCCAACAAUCACGCCACCGCAGUCAUUGCUCAGACUCGAGGAGUAAUCGCAGGAAAAGAACCAAGAGUAUUGAGGAUGAUGAGGAGGGUCACCUGGUCUAUCACAAUGGAGACAUGCUAAGAGCAAGAUAUGAGAUUGUAGGGACUCUGGGCGAAGGAGCCUUUGGAAAAGUGGUGGAGUGCCUCGACCAUUCAAAUCAAAUUGAAAGGAUUGGUUUGUAUUUAUUCGAAAUUAUUGAGAUAUGUCGUGAGGCAGCCAUGUCAGAAGUUGACGUGCUUGAGCGGAUAAACUCGCUUGAUGAAGAAAAGAGAUUUGCUUGUGUCCGGAUGCUGGACUGGUUCGAUCACCAUGGCCACAUCUGUAUAGUGUUUGAGCUGCUGGGACUGAGCACAUAUGACUUCCUGAAGGAGAAUGGAUUCAUGCCCUUCUCGCUGAACCAGAUCAGAUGCAUGGCAGACCAGAUAUUUAGAGCUGUGCACUUUCUGCAUCUAAAUAAGUUGACGCACACUGACCUUAAGCCUGAAAACAUUCUGUUUGUGGACUCAAACUACAACAUUAAAUACAACUCCAAGAUGAAGCGAGAUGAGAAGACCUUGAAGAGGUUGGAUGUGAAAGUUGUGGACUUUGGCAAUGCUACCUAUGACCACGAGCAUCACACGUCUUUGGUGUCAACCCGCCACUACAGAGCUCCAGAAGUUAUAUUAGAACUAGGCUGGAACCAGGCAUGUGACGUGUGGAGUUUGGGCUGUAUCCUGAUUGAGUUCUAUCUGGGAUUAACGUUAUUUCAGACUCACGACAGUAAGGAGCAUCUGGCAAUGAUGGAGAGGGUUCUAGGCCCCAUACCUGCACACCUACUCCAGAAAACCAGGAAACGGCGUUAUGUGCAUCAUGACAAAUUGGACUGGGAUGAGCACAGCUCAGCAGGGAGAUACGUGAGGAAACACUGUAAACCUCUAAAGCAAUACAUGUCCUCUAAAACCCCGGAGCACGAGCUGCUUUUUGACCUGCUACAGAAGAUGAUGGAGUAUGAUUCAUCGAAACGAAUCACACUGGAGCAGGCCAUUGGACAUCCCUUUUUCAACCUGUUAAGAAAAGAAAGAAAGUGACUUGGAGGCGACACAAAAUGAACAUUACUGCUCCCAGGGAGACUGCUGCUGACUGUAUCAGUCUGCUUUAAGACUGCCUGCUUCAUUACCUCUGUUCGUAUUUAUUGUCAAUUUGAUUAUAUGAGCCAAAUGUAUAUCUGUACUUUUGGCAAAUUAAACUUGAAUGCUUUGAAUGCACAA